CCAGCCCCCCUGUUCUCUUAAUGUAAUCUUAUUCUCUGUCAUUGCUUCCUCUCUCGCUCUGUGUUUCUGUGUGUUUGGUAUAAAGGACAUGGCGCCUGUCUCGACGUUGCUUCAGGCGGGGAUUCGGCUCAGGCUCCGCUGCCUCCCCAAGGCAUGUAGCUGUUAUUUCUCCACCGCCCCCCGCCGACCAUCGCACUUCUACCCCAACUCCACCGACGCAGUGAAGGACAUUCCAGAUGGAGCCACCAUCUUAGUCGGAGGGUUUGGACUGUGUGGUAUACCAGAGAACCUCAUUAACAGUUUACUAAAGACCGGAGUGAAGAGUCUGACAGCAGUCAGUAAUAAUGCCGGAGUGGAUGACUUUGGUCUGGGGCUGCUGCUGAAGACGAAGCAGAUAAAGCGGAUGAUCUCAUCUUAUGUGGGAGAGAAUGCAGAGUUUGAGAGGCAGUAUCUGGCCGGAGAGCUGGAGGUGGAGCUAACACCACAGGGAACGCUGGCUGAACGGAUCCGGGCUGGAGGGGCUGGAGUUCCAGCUUUCUUCACGGCUACAGGAUAUGGCACACUCAUCCAGGAGGGAGGAUCACCCAUUAAGUACAAUAAAGAUGGCACUGUGGCCAUUGCCAGCGAGCCCAGAGAGGUGCGUGAGUUUGGAGGCAGGCACUUCAUUAUGGAGAAAGCCAUCACUGGAGACUUUGCCCUAGUUAAAGCAUGGAAGGCAGACAAAGCAGGAAACAUCAUCUUCAGAAAAACAGCUAGGAACUUUAACCAGCCCAUGUGUAAAGCGGCCAAGGUGACGAUUGUGGAGGUGGAGGAGAUUGUAGAUGUUGGGACAUUUGCAGAAGAAGACGUUCACAUCCCCAGUGUUUACGUUCACCGCAUUGUUAAAGGGAACAAUUAUGAGAAACGGAUUGAGAGACGCACUGUUAAGAAAGCCCAGACUGGGACAGCUAAGCCGAAGAAAGAUUCGGACGUGGUGAGGGAAAGAAUUGUACGCAGGGCAGCGCUGGAGUUUGAGGACGGCAUGUAUGCUAACCUGGGCAUUGGCAUUCCCAUGCUCGCCAGUAACUUCAUCAAACCUGACAUCUCUGUGUACCUGCAGAGUGAGAACGGCAUUCUGGGACUGGGUCCCUAUCCUACAGAAGAAGAAGUUGAUGCUGAUCUGAUCAAUGCAGGGAAAGAAACAGUGACUGUCCUCCCUGGGGCGUCGUACUUCUCAAGUGAUGAAUCCUUCGGCAUGAUCAGAGGGGGCCACAUCAAUCUGACUAUGUUGGGGGCGAUGCAGGUGUCCAAGCAUGGUGACCUGGCCAACUGGAUGAUUCCUGGUAAGAUGGUGAAGGGCAUGGGUGGAGCGAUGGACCUGGUGGCAAGCGCUGGGACGAAGGUGGUUGUUACCAUGGAGCACUCUGCAAAGGGAGGAAAGCACAAGAUCCUGGAAAAGUGCAGUCUGCCACUGACGGGUAAAGGGUGUGUCGACCGAAUCAUCACAGAGAAGGCUGUGUUUGAUGUGGACACGAACAAAGGCCUGACCCUGAUUGAAGUGUGGGAGGGGCUAACUCCUGAGGAUAUCAGAAAAUGCACAGGGGCAGACUUUGAGGUCUCUCCUAACUUGAAGCCAAUGCAGCAGAUCUGACCUCCUGAAGCUGAAGUCUGCUAGCUCUCAGAACCAGGUUUUACACAGAACCAGACGAGAACAAUCUGCCACGAGCCCACCGCUCACCUUCACCCUGUUACAAUAAAGGAGCAGUUCAGUGAGAAAUCGAUUGAUCAUGAUUGAUUAGUUGAUCAGCCGGUAGGUUUGGUAUGUGACUUGGGUCCCUUAUGUUAUAACAGAAGAUGAUAGGCUAACAUCACUAGGAAACAUGGCAAUUAAGACUGUUAUCGAAAAUUAUUCAGAUAAGCAAUAAAGCAGCAUUCCACAUUUAAGCUAAAUAGUAUGAUCAGCAUCAUAACACCCCGUUUUGUAGUGCUAUUCCACUUCAAUUGAAGCACAGUAUGUGGAGUAAUACUGUUAGAGUUAUACAGUGGUUAGAGUUACUGCAAUGUUCAGAUGACAGAAAAGGAGAUUUCACACCUUCCUUCCUUGGUCCGGACCUUCUGACUUUUUAGAUUGGUACCUAAAAUAAAAAGCCAUGAACCAUGGUCCGUGCCAAAGGGCCUAAAUUUGGUCAGACAAAAAGAGCUAGUCUAGCUCUGGAUCAUCUGAACCAUGGUGCCUCCGAAGUCGAGGCAGGCAACGGUCACAUGUUAAACAAUAGAAGAAGAAAAAGAACUGGUGUUGUGCUGAAAUUUGACCCAUUUUUUGUGUGCAUGCAGCAGUCUGGGUACAACAGAUUACACCUGUAGUUACUGUAAAUGUAAAUAAACCCUUAUUUAUAAACAGCAAUAAAUUGAAUCCAAGGGGAAUCUGUUGAAUUCAUUCUCCUGUGUCACACCUGUAAACUUUAAGGGAGGAGGAUUUUAGAAGGGAGGCAGAAUUUGGCACAACACCUACAUUCAUCAAACCAAUCAGGUAUAGUUCAUUGUUUGUGAGCAGUGUAAGCCUAGCAUUUUCAGUUAUAUACCAAGUGUGUUUUCACAAUUAUAGUUUGCUGUAUUUGGUCUGAAUCAGUUAACAAAUUUGUUAAGUUGGAGCUUUUUCCCCUCCUUGGAUUGAUUUGGUUUUGUUUUACACAAGGAAAACCGCGAAUGCAACAAAACAUCUGUCACAACAAACAGUGCAAGCACAUUCUCUCCUCCUAUUGGUCAGAGGUGGAGCCAGAAAUUAAAUACAGAAAGAAAGACUAGUGCACAAGACUAGUUCAUUGUACUUUAACAUAUGGAGCAGUAGCAGAGAUGACAUUUCUUCAUAGGUGUAGUAAUAGUAGUUCUCUGGGUAAUAAAUCAGAAAAACUGCACCUGAACAGCUUAACCUGGGUUUCUGUACAGUUGUUUUAUUCCACACCAGAAUAUGAUUAUUGUAUUCAGAUCUUUCUAAAUGAUUAACACCAAGUGUGAAAACGAACCAAAUCUAAAUCAGAUGCAGCUGAUCGACUGCGCUCAGUGAUGAAUCAUAGUACCUAUAUUUUACACUGAACUUCUCCUUUAAUAUCCAUGAAUGUGUGACAAAGAGAGUGUGUGUGUGUAAGAGCGUGCAUGUGUGUGUGAGAGAGAGUGACUGAACCAUUGCUGCACGGCGUUCUGAAUACAGAGCAGAGUAAAAGGUCAGGCGAUGAUUAACGUGUCCGCGGCUCAUACAGCCAAAUCAAUACAUACAUGAUAAACAUUGUGAAACUGAUAAAGUUCAUUGUUCAGUGUUGAUAAUAAACUCCAUCACCUUCAUCACAGUGGCUCGGCUUCAUCAGCUCCGUAACGCAUCUCUGCAUCUGUCCCUCGCAGCAGGCCUUCUGUUUUCUUAUUAAAACCACCGUUAAAGUGUGUUUGUACAUAAUAAAAGUUUUGUCUCAUUGAGCUCAAA